AACCGUGCGGCUAAAUAUCUUUUCAACUAGAUGGAAAGCCGCACGAGUGCAUAUGAUUCAUAAGGUAUGCCGUGUUAGACUUGCCCGUUUCAGGCAUAAACGGAAAUGUUGGAGGUUGGCUUGAGGGUAGUUCGUGGGCAAGAUUGGAAGUGGGAAGAUCAGGAUGGUGGAGAGGGACACGCGGGAACUGUUGUAGAGAUUGGCAAGCCUCAGUCGUUUGGAAACUCUGCUUCUAAUCCCAAUCCAUCUGAUAGGACACCGGAUAAAACAGUCAUUGUUCAAUGGGAUCAUGGAUCUAGGAGUAAUUACAGAAUUGGAUAUCAAGGAGCUUACGAUUUGUUGGUAUUUGAUAAUGCAGCCACAGGUGUUAAACAUCCAAACAUCAUAUGCGACGGGUGUAAAAGGCAUUGGAUAAUUGGCAUUAGAUGGAAAUGUACCCAAUGUUGCGAUUAUGAUUUGUGUACUCAAUGUUACAUGGGAGAUGUGCACGACUUGAGCCACACCUUUGAAAGAUUUCUAACAGCUACUUCUGUAGGGAUUCAACUAACUCCAAGAGAGGGCUGUGCUAAAAUACCCUUGAAAGGUAUAUUUAUUGGAGCAAAGGUUGUUCGUGGCCCAGAUUGGGAAUGGGGAAAUCAAGAUGGAGGAAGAGGAAAAACUGGAAGAGUUAUGGAUAUACGUGGAUGGGAUAACGAAAGUAGCCGGUCAGUGGCAACUGUAACAUGGUCUAAAGGUAGCACAAACGUGUAUCGUCUCGGGUACAAAGGUUGCGUAGAUUUGUGCUAUGUAGAAGAAGCUACUGCCGGUACAUAUUACAAGGAGCACCUCCCACUCCUUGGACAACCAAUAAUGACUGUCUCUGAUAAUGGAAGCAACGCAGCUUCAACCAGAAGCGGCAUUCCUUCCAGUAUAUCUAGUCCACGCCACUCAACUUUCAAUGUUGGGGAUAAGUUAAAAGUAUUAGUUGAUGUAAACACGUUAAAAGAAAUGCAAGAGGGCCAUGGUGGGUGGAAUCCACGCAUGGCCGAAUAUAUAGGAAAGAUCGGUAGAGUUCAUCGCAUCACAGACAAGGGAGACGUGCGUGUACAAUUCGAAGGAUGCAACAACAGGUGGACAUUCCAUCCAGGUGCACUUACAAAAGUAACAAGUAAAGAGGCAUUUUCUCUAGGCGAUAUAGUUAGAGUGAAGACUGAUUUAUCGGCGGUUAAACUUUAUCAACGAGGUCACGGAGAAUGGAUAGACGUAAUGAAAAAUGCUUUAGGGAAAACUGGAAAAGUGAUUAAGAUAUAUUCCGAUGGAGACUUGAGAGUAGCUUUGGACGGUCACACGUGGACUUUUAAUCCUUUAAGCGUAACCCUUGUUCCUCCUGGAACAGAAGCUGUUUCGUCCCAGGAAGAAGCAAACCGAAACAAAGACUGGCCAGCUGAAGGUGUCGAUAUCGAAGUAGAGAAAUUAUUAAGAGAUGCAGCCAGGGGGGAAGCUGGCGUGUCGGCGGUUCAAGAAUUUCUUAAAAAGUAUCCAGGUAGAGUAGACGCGAGAGCUGGUGGUCCGGGUGGUGGUAAAAAGACAUGUUUGCAAGUGGCAGCGCAUCAGGGACAGCGUGAUCUUUGUACUCUUCUUUUGGACGCUGGAGCGUCUCUUCGUGCGGUGGACGAAGACGGAGAUACGCCUCUUCAUUAUGCUGCAUUCGGGAAUCAACCAGAGAUAAUGGAACUGCUUUUAUCACGAGGUGCAGCAAUCAACGCUGUGAACAAUGGGAAAUGCAGCGCGUUGCACGUUGCCGUGAACAAGCAACAUAGUCAGUGCGUUAAAGUUUUACUACGCCACCACUGUGACGUGAAUUUACAAGACGCGUAUGGUGACACAGCGUUACACGAUGCUAUCGGUAAAGACGCCCUGGAUAUAAUCGACGCGCUUUGUUCGUGCGAAAGAGUCGAUUUCACUUUGCGAAACAAACGAGGUUUCAACGUGCUUCAUCAUGCUGCCUUAAAGGGCAACGCUCAUGCAACAGAGAGAUUAGUUGCACGAGCAAGACACUUGGUAGACGUGAAGAAAGAGGACGGCUUCGCGGCGUUACACUUGGCGGCUUUAAAUGGUCACAAAGACGUGGCUGCUAUACUUCUUUCUCCGAAUGGUGGCCACGCGAAGGUAGACCUACGAAACAAUCGUCGACAGACACCGUUGCACUUGGCUACUUCCCAGGGUCAUUGGGCUCUGGUAGAAUUACUGGUGCACCAUAAUGCAGACAUCGCCAGCACCGAUGCAGACGGUGACACCGUGUUGCAUAUCGCUAUAGUGAAGAGCCCAAAUCAAACGAAUCUUGUUCCUACCCCUGAAAGCUGUCGAGAUUCGCCACUCAUUUAUGCGAUAUGGCAGAGUCUAGCAAGGCAAAACGUGAAGACAGAACUAUCGUUGGCUUGUUUCUUGGUAAGCGUAGACAGAAGUUGUACUCUGCUUGAACAUGUGAAAAAUUCGAAGAAUAAGACGCCUCUGGAUCUUCUUGAAGCCGAUCCACAAAUUGCACCGUACGCGGAUAUCUUUCGGUGUUAUCAAUACCAAAGUCACAGUACUCAGUUAGAAAUAGAAAAUGCUCCCGCUUCGCAACCUCCCUUGUAUCAGAUAGAUACAACGUCACAGUCAGAAGUGGUGCGUGGAUCAAGGAAAGGUAUACCUGGUUCCGGUGACGCUUCUGAAUGUCAAAAUUGUUUAAGUCUCCUACCAAAUUCGAUGAAAGAUGGGAAUAGAUACAACCCUAGCAGUAGCGUUACGAUAUUUAACUGCGCACAGUGUGGACAUGGAAUUACAAAACCAGACGCGAUUCAAGAUGGCCAAUUAGCUACAGGCGAGAUUUCUUUGACAAAAUCAGACGAGAAAAUGAAAGAUAAUGCGUUAGACGAUAAAAAGAAAGAGAGUGAUCCGGAUAAAGACAGAGAGAAGGACAAGGACUUGGAACGACUACGUUACUUAGAAACUAGGGUAGCUGAUUUAGAAGAAGCCAACAUGUGUAGCAUUUGUAUGGAACGUCGUCGUAAUGUCGCUUUUCUCUGUGGACACGGAGCUUGUGAACAUUGUGCAGCUCCUUUGAAAACUUGUCACAUGUGUCGUAAAGUUAUUACGAAAAAGAUUAACUUGUACUAGACAAUCAACGAAGGAGGUGCUUGUAUGCACUAUGUAUAUAAGCGUGUUUUUUCUUUUUUUUUUUUUUUUUUAAAAUACACGUACACUUGAAAGAUUUGAAGUAUUAAAGGCAUUGCUGAUGACACGCUAUUGAUAUUGAUAUGUAAAAUUAAAUAACUAAAUUUCAACUGCCAAAAUAUACAAAUCUUUUUUAAUAUAAAACAUCAAUGAAGUCUUCACGUUGCACUAACAGUGUGCCAUACCGAAAAUGAAAUCACAAAGGCGAAUGUCGUGUUUAUGGUUUUGUUUUUGGUUUUGCAAAAUGUGUAGUAUUUCAUGUAUUUAAAUAGCUGUCAAAAUCUGUAUCGACCAUAUGCUUUUCUUUCAUCAUUAAUGACACUUCGCCUGUUGUAUCCCGUCCAUUUUUUAUCAUUGUUUGAAAAUGCAAAUCUCUUGUAAGAAUCUAUUUUCCUUUGUAUCACGUACGUUGACACGUAACUUUAUUGAACGCUUUAAAAUGUUAAUACGAAUGUUAAAUUAACAUUUUGACGUUCCGUUUUGUUUUUCUCUGGACUGACUGAUAAAGUUACGUAGCAAACAUUGAAGACACACAUGUAAAUGAGAAAAUUUCAAGGUUUUCAUACAUAUCGUAAAUAUCUUUUCGCGAUAUGUUGUAUUAUAUUAUAUAUUGUUGUUAAAUGUAGAAAAUACGCGACCAUUUCUAUUGUUUUGUAUGUAAUAUCGAUGUGACAUUAGUAACGAUAUAAGAAUUUAAUACGUAUUUAGUAAUGAUAUCGACGAAUAUCGCCUCUAGCCAAAAGUAAUAUAAAAGAAUUACAUUUACCAAGUA